CACACGGCACACGGCACACGUAAUGCACUGCUCUCUCACUAACACUCUCUCUCCCCCUUACUGUAUUCAGUUACAGAUUCCUAUCUAGCCGUGUAUUUCAUGAUGCUUACGUUUCGAUUAACUUCUCUAUUGGUGUCUCCUUAAAUACCCCUUCGGUCAUUGUCAGUUUUCUAUUGAUUCUCAACCUUCGCUGUAUCUGGUUUUUAUUGAUUGGAUUUACCUUAUUUGCUCCGAAUACCCAAAUCGAGUAAUUGUAUUGAUUGCGGUUCUAUAUCUCCUUAUUAAGUGUUCUCCAUUACUCCUAAUCCUAAAUACCCACUAGCUAUUUGCUCUUGAUUUGGGGAUUUAGAGUGGUGCAUUUUGCAUCCAUUUGCGCGUAUUCACCUCUGCUUUCCCGGAGAACCGGUCAGUCGUUGCCCUUGUUUAGAGGGGUUUUUGUGAUUUCUGUGUCACGAUGUGGGCAUUGACGCUUAAGGCUAUGGAAAGAGCAAAAUGAAGAGGUGAAAAGAGGAGUACUGAACGAAAAUUGAGAUAUGCUGUUUGUGGUGUAACAAUUACAUUAGGAUGUCAGUUCCCCAAAAGACUGUUGUGGCUUUCAAGUCUUACCAAAAUCAGGCUGAGGUGCUGGUUAAGAAAUACUUAUUUGCAGAUCCUUUCAUUCCAUACACUUCAAUCCUUGGUGGCUUACUUGCUUGCAAAGUGGUCUAUGAUCUCACACAGUUAAUCAGCACAUUCUACUUCAAGACUUAUUCUAGUCUCACAAAAAUCCAGCGAAUUGAGUGGAACAAUCGUGGUAUAUCUACAGCUCACGCGAUUUUCAUUACAACCAUGUCCUUGUACUUCGUGUUCUGGUCAGAUCUCUUUUCUGACAGACAGCAUUUUGGUCUUGUUACCUUCCGAAGUUCACCUCUCUCGGCUUUUGGCUUGGGGGUUUCGGUGGGGUACUUCUUUGCAGAUCUUGGAGUGAUUUUUUGGCUAUAUCCUUCCUUGGGUGGAAUGGAGUAUGUCAUCCAUCACUCUCUUUCCGGAAUAUCUGUAGCAUAUUCUAUGUUUUCUGGAGAAGGGCAGCUUUACACAUAUAUGGUCCUCAUCUCUGAGGUGACAACCCCAGUGAUAAAUAUGAGAUGGUAUCUUGAUACUGCUGGUAUGAAGAGGUCCAAUGCAUAUCUCAUUAAUGGUGUUUUGAUAUUUUUUCUUUGGCUGAUUGCAAGAAUCCUGCUCUUCCUUUACUUGUUUAACCAUGUCUACCGGCACUAUGAUCAGGUCAUGCAGUUGCACAUCAUGGGUUAUCUCUUGGUUUUUGUGGUUCCUACAGCACUAGCUAUUCUGAACUUAAUGUGGUUUGGGAGGAUUUUGAAGGGCUUAAAGAAAACACUGGCGAAGAAGCAGUGAUGCACAUGAAACAGACAAGGUGGCAAUUAACAUUUCCCUCUAAUACUGGAUACAAGUUUCCAUUUCAUCCUCCCCUUCCGCUCACUCUAUAAACAAUAGAAUGACAAAAAGAAGAAACUGUCAGUGAUAUGAUUUGUAGAGGAAUCUGCUGAUGUAUAUGAUCCACUUAACUCGAAAUUUCAGCAUCAAAUUUUAUCCUACUCUUGCACAGAGUUUCUUACAAUCAUAUAAAAGGUACUCUCUCUGUGGGCUUGUGUUCAUUUUAUGUUCUGGUGAUUUCUGCAGUGGAUAUGGUGUCCGAUUAGAAUAUAUGUCAAGGUGGGGCAGUCAUAUUUGAUGCCAUAAAA